GUUCAUUCAUCCCGGACUCCUGAUGCGCAGUCAGGAGGACCAGCCGUGCGUGUGGCGCCGCUGGUGAACGUCUCCUCCCCCUGUUUCUGCAGUGUUACAGCUCUCGCUUCCCCGCUCGUCGCUUCCCAUGCCAACGCUGCCCACGCCGCAAGAGUGAGGCGAGCCUCCCUUCCCUCCUGCACAGCAGCCUCCAGCUCCGCUCCCCGCCUGCCUCCAUCCCUCCGCUCGAUGUCCGUCUUUGUCCUGAUCCCUGCGCGCCGCGCCGUUUCUCGUCCUCUCGAUCCGACGCCGUCCGUCCACUUUCAUGUGCGGGUCCUUGUUAUUUUUAUUUAUUUUCUUCUUCUUCUUCUUUGCAGCUUAGACAGAAGAGCGAAUGAAUUUUUUUCUUUCUCCCUUUCUUAAACUGGAGAAUCUGGUGAAAUGUUGACUGGCUGAAGCUGAGGGAAGGAGGACAGAACCAGCAAUUGAAUUUAUUAUUUUUACGCAUCAACAAUCGCGCGCGGUGCAAAGAUGAGAAAGCUGAUUUUCUUCUUCUUCUUCUUCUUUUUCUUCUUCUAUAUGUCAGAAAUUAAAUAAUAACCAGAACAAGAAAAUAGCUUUGGUGGAAGGAGAUUCAAGAAGCGAUCGGAAGUGAUCGGACUGCCUUAAGUUUUUUUUUUUUUUGCCGAGGCAGGGCAACUGUCAGGGAAAAAAGCGUCGAGGGAAAGAAGGAAGGAAGGAAGGAAACGGAGCGGGAAGCUAGGCAGCAUUUCCAAGACGCCAGCGCGGCCAGCCAGGAGCAUCACGCCGGUCCGCUGCGUGGAUGGUGCGCAGGCUGCCUCUGCGCGCUCGGGCGGUGCAGGGCGGCCACGGUGAGACCGCGGGAUCCAGUCGGGCUUCCGGGCUUUAUUUUUUCUUUAGCAACAUGAGGGAGAAGUUCAUCUCCUGAGGCUACAACUUCUGCACCGGGCUGACUCACUGACAACUGCGUUCAGAGGAACCUUCCACAAACCCUCAAAUGUGCCACAAUUUGAUCUCUGGCAUUAGAAGACUCCAGAUCUGAUCAUGACUUCAGAUAAAUGCACCAUGAGCUUACCACGAUCCACCACCCCGUGGAUGUUCAUCACCUUCUUGCUGGUUCUUCAGCCAGGGGUCACUCAUUUCUCCCACGGCAGCUCUGGCUAUGAAGACACUGGCGACGUCCCGAAGAAUUGCUCCAGUGAGGACAACUGCUCAGAGGGCGUGGUGCUGCCCAUGUGGAACCCCCAGAACCCCGCGGUUGGUGACAAGGUGGCUCGCGCCAUUGUUUACUUUGCGGCUCUCAUAUACAUGUUCCUGGGUAUGUCCAUCAUCGCGGAUCGUUUCAUGUCUUCCAUCGAGGUCAUCACCUCUCAGGAAAAAGAGAUCACCAUCAAAAAGCCCAACGGCGAAACGACAACGACCACCGUGCGCAUCUGGAACGAGACGGUGUCCAACCUGACCUUGAUGGCUCUCGGCUCCUCAGCGCCAGAGAUCCUGCUGUCCGUCAUCGAAGUGGUCGGCCACAACUUUGAAGCUGGAGCUCUCGGGCCCAGCACCAUCGUGGGCAGCGCCGCGUUCAACAUGUUUAUCAUUAUCGCCAUUUGUGUCUACGUGGUGCCAGAAGGCGAGACCCGCAAGAUAAAGCACUUGAGGGUGUUUUUUGUCACCGCCGCCUGGAGCGUGUUUGCCUACAUCUGGCUGUACCUGAUCUUGUCUGUCUUCUCCCCCGGAGAGGUGGAGGUCUGGGAGGCAGUCCUCACCUUCCUCUUCUUCCCUCUCUGCGUGCUGCAAGCCUGGAUCGCAGACCGACGCCUGCUCUUCUACAAGUACGUCAACAAGCGAUACCGCGCCGACAAGAACCGUGGCAUCAUCAUCGAGUCCGAAGGUGACGCCAUGUUCACCAAGAUGGACUUGGAAAUGGACGGGCAGGGCGCGAACUCCCACCCUCACAAUAAGGAGGCUCUGGAUGGGAUGCUGGAGGGGGUGGAGGAAUACGGAGGGAUGAGCGCAGAGCAAGACCAACAGGAAGAGGCUCGCCGGGAGAUGGCACGCACCUUGAAGGACCUAAAACAGAGGCAUCCAGACAAAGACAUGGAGCAGCUGAUUGAGAUGGCCAACUACCAAGUGCUGGUGCAGCAGCAGAAGAGCCGGGCCUUCUAUCGCAUCCAAGCCACGCGCAUGAUGAUCGGAGCCGGGAACAUUCUGAAGAAGCACGCGGCUGACCAGGCCAGGAAAGUGGUGAGCUGUCAUGAGGCCAGCGGGCAGGAAGAAGAUCCCAACACCAUCUACCUGCAGUUCGACCCCUCGCACUACCAAUGCUUUGAGAACUGCGGGUCCUUGAAGCUGACGGUGAGCCGCCAUGGAGGAGAGGCUGGCUGCACAGUUAAGGUGGACUACCGGACGGAGGAUGCGACAGCCACUGCAGGCUCAGACUACGAGUUUGCCGAGGGAACGUUGGUCUUCAAGCCCGGCGAGACGACUAAAGACUUCACCGUCGGAGUCAUAGACGACGACAUCUUCGAGGAGGACGAGCACUUCUACGUGCGCCUCAGCAACCCCCGCAUCGUCCACCAGGCCGAGGUCUCCGUCCUGGAGCCCAACUCCAUCACGUCCAGCAACAGCACGGUCGGCAUCUCCUCACACGUUCCUCCCAAGGCGGCCUUGGGGAACGCCUCCGUCGCCACCGUCACCAUCUACGACGACGACCACGCCGGCAUCUUCACGUUCGAGAGCAACUCCACCCGGGUGAGCGAGAGCGUCGGCAACAUGCAGGUGAAGGUGCACAGGACGUCCGGCGCCAGGGGGAAGGUGGCCGUGCCUUACCACACCGUCGAGGGCACCGCCAAAGCGGGGGAGGACUACGACGAGGUUUCCGGCAAGCUGGAGUUCCAGAACGACGAAACCAUGAAGCUGCUGAACGUGAAGAUAAUCGACGACGAGGAAUAUGAGAAGAAUAAGACGUUCACGAUCGUGCUGGAGGAGCCGGUGCUGCUGGAGGUGGGACAGAGACACGGGGACACCAACGACAACAAAACGGCGGUGGGUCCGGAGGACGUGUCAAAGAUGGGCUGCCCCGUCCUGGGAGAGCACACCAAGCUGGAGGUGGUCAUUGAGGAAUCCUACGAGUUCAAGAGCACAGUGGACAAGCUGAUCAAGAAGACCAACCUGGCGCUGGUGGUGGGCAGCAGCAGCUGGAGGGAGCAGUUUGUCAGCGCCGUCACUGUCAGCGCAGGUGACGACGAUGAAGAGGAGAGCGGGGAGGAGCGGCUGCCGUCCUGCUUUGAUUACAUCAUGCACUUCCUGACGGUUUUCUGGAAAGUUCUCUUCGCCUUCGUCCCCCCGACCGAAUACUGGAAUGGCUGGGCCUGCUUCUUCGUCUCCAUUUCCCUCAUCGGCGCCCUGACAGCCGUGACGGGCGACUUGGCCUCGCACUUUGGAUGCACCGUCGGUCUGAAGGACUCUGUCACUGCCGUGGUGUUCGUUGCCCUCGGCACCUCUGUUCCAGACACAUUUGCGAGUAAAGUGGCCGCCAUCCAGGACCAGUACGCCGACGCUUCCAUCGGGAACGUGACGGGCAGCAACGCGGUGAACGUUUUCCUGGGCAUCGGGGUGGCGUGGACCAUCGCCGCCGUUUUCUGGAAGACCAAAGGUAAGACAUUCAAGGUGAACCCGGGCUCGCUGGCCUUCUCCGUCACCCUCUUCACCAUCAUGGCGCUGGUGUGCGUGCUCGUGCUGCUCUACCGCAGGCGCCCCAGUGUUUCGGCCGGCGAGCUCGGGGGCCCACGGACAGCCAAGCUCCUCACCUUCUUCCUGUUCCUCUCCCUCUGGCUCGUCUAUAUCCUGUUGUCCUCCUUGGAGGCAUACUGCCACGUGCCUGGCUUCUAAACGCAAGGCAAAAGUAGAAAAAAAAAAACAUAAGCACAGACAUAACUCCUCUUCUUGUUUUUACAGUUUUCUCACUGUUUUGUCUAUUUUCUAACUAUUUGUAUCAUCACUUAUUAUUGAUACAGCACAAGAUUUAGAAAAUGAUGCACUUAAGGACUUUGUUACCACUGAUGAUGCUGCGAAAGCUAGCGUUAGCCACUGAAGCUAAACUUUCUUUUCCUACGCUAAAAUACUGAUUUCAUGUGUCGUUUACAGUGCUGUGAAAAUGUAUUUACCGACCAACAGAUUUCUUCUCUUUUUCCUUUUUUUUUCAGUGACAUGUUUUAGAUCUUCAAAUCAUUUUUAAUAUGAUAGCAAGAGUAAAAUGAUUGCCACCGUAAAGUAAUAACUUAGCCGUCCUUGGGAGCAAAUUUUGACUGACGCUCCUUUGCAGGAUUUCUUCAAAAGUCAGGAGCGUUUGAGGGUUGGUGGGCGUUAAGAACCUAAUUUGGGUCGUGCUACAUGCUCUCAAUCAGACUUAAGUCCAGCCUUUAGCUAGGCCGUUCCAUGUUGUAGCCAUUCGUAGGUUUGCUUCGUGCUCUGCUUCAGAUCAUUGUCCCGUAUAACAUCAGGAUAACUCGUCCUGGUCCUAAAGCAGCGAACUCCCACAGCUGGGGUCCUAGAUCUGAAACCUUUUGAUUCAAAGGCAUUGGAAGACACAACGCCGCACUAAAAAGACGAUUCCACGUCACCCUUUUACACAUUCAUCUGAAAGCAUAAACAAUUUGAUCACCAUAUUAACCUCCCUGCAAUGAUUUUUUUUUUUUUAAUUUGUAGAACUCCAACACGUGAAUGGCACGGCGCUCCCACGCCGUGUUUACAGCACAUGUUCAUUCCCCGCUGCAGAAACAAUGCCACUGUGACUCAGAUGUCACAGCAGUCACACCAAAUUAAUCUCAAUUAGUCUGACACCAGGCUGUGCAGGCCGUUUGUAUACCUGCACUACCUGGAGUAGGGAAACCAAAAGUGAAACUUAAGCCGUCACCUACUGAUAUGUUUGGCUUUAGAUUAUUUGAGCACUGACAUUUCAUUCCCUGAUGGUCGGUCUGUUCUUAUAUUGAAGAAAUAAAUAAAACAAGACGGGGACGUCACAGAAAUGUAACACCAACAGUCAUAUUAUCUGCAGCAUGCAUGGACAUUUCACAUCAGGAGUGCAUCAAAAGCGUUACACCAACUUAAACCUGAUCGUUUUUUUUAAAAAAAACGCCCUUCUUCUCAAGUUUGAACCUCCUUACUGGGUAUUUUCAAAUCGUAACAAGAGACAGCGUUACUACAGCUUUAGUGGUAAAUCAUAACCACCGACCUUUACUGAGGCAGUAGAAGUAUCUUAAAUGUGUCUGAUGAUCUAAACCAGGUGUAUAAAAAAAACAAAACAAAGAAGAAAUCUGUGAGGUGUGCAACACUUUUUCACUGUAUAUAACUGUAUAUAACCAGCCAAGCCGCUCUUUUGCUGGACAUUUACAGCAUUAUUUUGUCUUUUUGUGUAACCUGCUGAUUCGGUUCGCUUAGUCUUGACACGGACACUCGAGAUUCCUCGGUGGAGGAUGAAAAACGAACGGUGGUGCAUGGGGUGACGUUACAUUAGAACUUCGAUGCAAUAUGAAGGACUUGUGUAAUCAGUAUUAACAUUAACUAUUCAUGGUAUAUCAUGUAAAGGAUGAACAUUGUGCGUGGGAGUUUUGUGAAAGACUCGGUGUGUUUAUUUUUGCACGUACUCAGAUUCACAGUUUCUCGGUAAUCUAUUUUAUAAAGUGCCGUGUGUGACUUUUUGGACAUGGCUGUUGAAGUGUUGGUGUUUUUAUUUAUUUUUUUAUUGUUGUUUUUCUGUACAUGUGAAUCCCAGCUGUUUCUUGCUCUCUCCCUUUCCUCACACGGCCUUCUCCAUACGUUUCAGACAGCCAAGGUUUUCAAGAAAUUACCUGUUUUUUUUGUUGUUGUUUUGUUUUUUACAACAGUUGUGAAGUUGAAGCAAAGUGUUUGCUUUUAGAUAGAUUUUAUGAAGUUUACAGAUAUGUGUGCGUGCGCGUAUGUGUGUGCAGGUGAGCCUUUCUCUGGGAUAAUAUUGUUUAAAGAAUAGACUUCACUGAUGGUACAUGGGUAUUGUUCACAUUUAAAAAAAAAAAAGAAACGAGAAACG